CUUUUUUCAAAGUAAUAAACCCCUUUCCCCCCCUUUGUCCUAAAAGCCUCUCUUACCUAUUUUCUUGACCGUUUCAAUCCAAACGCUCCUUUGUCUUCAUGAGGGUUCUUGGCUAAUACCCUUUACUUCUUUCUCCACCAUUUAUUGGCUGGAAGAGAUAUACAUUCAUUACCCUUUCUUGAAUCCAAGAUUUGAAGGUUUUUUCCUGCCUAAAUGGGUUGUUUUCUUGGGUGUUUUGGUGGUGAUAAAGACAAGAAACGUCGCAAAAACAGGAAAAAAGUCAUCCCUCGAGACCAAAAACAUGUUUGUCAGGAGCCUCAGAGAAGCAUCAUCUCUACGGAACAAAGUAUCACAGAGGAACCCUCUGGGAACUUGGUUGCGGAAGCGCGUGAUAAGCCUGAGGAGCAACUAAGCUUGAGUGCUAGGAAAAAAGUUACCUUUGAUUCAAAGGUCACUACAUAUGAACCUGUUGUCUCAGUCUAUGAAAGUACAGAUUCUUUACCUGAAACCAAGAAAUUUGGUGAAGACGAAAGGGAUGAGGGGGAAUCCAUUGCUAAAUCAAGCCAGUCCAACUCUUCUUCUGAAGAGGGUUCUAUCAUAUCUAGUGUUGGAUCAUAUCCUCCAAACCACAGGUAUCAGAACUGCAGAGACAGUGAUGAUGAAGCUGAGGAAUUUGGUGACAGUGACUUGGAUGAAGAAUCUGGUCUGGACGAUGAUAAUGAUGAAGACUAUGCGGAUUCUGAUUAUGAAGAUGAAUUUGUAGGUCAUAAAGUGAAUGAACAGGAAGUGGAUAGUCCUACUUUGAUGUUCGAGAAGGAAACGAGAAAGGGUGAAACAAAAAGAUAUGUGAGAGAUAGGAGUGCUUAUAUACAUCCUGUGUUGAAUCCUGUAGAGAACCUAACUCAGUGGAAAACUAUUAAAUCAAAAGCAGCAGAACCCUUGAAGCUGCAGCCACAGAAGGAAAAUCUUGCCGCAGAAGUUGAAGGACCACGUGCUUCGUUCAGUUUAGAACCGACAUUUAAGCAAUCAUCGUCGAGUUUCAAGACAAAGCCUAAGGAUCAAGACAUUGGGGUUGAUGCUAGUCUCUCCAAUUGGUUGGUUACACCAGAAAAGAGCAUGUCACAAGGUUCUAAUAAAUCUGUGAUGAGCUUUGAAGACAGACCAAUUUUAGGUGCCUUGACAGUUGAGGAACUGAAACAGCACUCAGCAACUUCCUCCCCGAGGAAAUCACCCUGUCGGAGUCCUGAUGAGAUGCCUAUUAUAGGAACUGUUGGUACCUACUGGAAUCCCUUAGGAUCUGCAAAUGAUUCCGGAUCAGCUUCUUCUUUUAAAGGCAUACCAAACUCCACCAGCAAGUACAGAGAGGAUAAGAGAGUUAAUUGGCACUCUACUCCAUUUGAGGCAAGAUUGGACCGAGCUUUGAAACAAGGUGCCGCAUAAGACUUGAUUGGUUAUUGUAUAUCUAAACUGGCACCAGCUGUUUGUGAAGCGAGUGAGACUCUUGUUGUUACUAGUCUGUGUGCUUAGAUUACUAUAUGAGUGGAGACAUAAAUGAGACUCUUGUUGUUACUAGUCUGUGUGCUUAGAUUACUAGAUGGUUCAUGGAUUUUGUUGUAGUGUGUGUGAAUUAUGGGAAAACUGUUGUAAUUUUUUGUAACUAUGAUAAGUGGUGAUGGCAGUGAAUUUAUUUAUUGGGUCGUC